AUGGCUGGGGCUUGCAAGUGGCUUGUGCUGAUCGCCAUAUCUUGCUGGUGCUAUCACUCCGUGGAUUUCUUGCUGGCUAGAAGCACCUCUCAUGACUGCGAGGAGUCGAGGAGACAGCUGAACAGGCGCCUUCUGCUGCAGAGCAGCCUUUACAUCAUAGCAGGAGCAGAGCAGGCGAACGCGCAGUCCGCGGAUGACAAGGAGAUGCUGCUCGAGCGUGAGGUGCCACCCCUGCCACCACAGUAUGCCCGUGAUGUCCGGCAGCUGGCCGACUCGAUUAAAAGUGCCGCUAUCACGACGAUAAGAGUGAACCGCCGAGGAGAUGCUGGGGCAGCAAAGCAGCUUCGUGGUUUGGAGCGAGAUGUGGCUGACAAGCUCACGGCUUAUGACAGAGACUGGUUGACCACGCAGCUGGAGUUCAAGAAGCUCAAGGCAGAUGAUCAGGCAGUGCUUCAAGAGCACCCAGUAUUUAUUUCCAUGAAGGAGUUGGUUGCCAAGUUGCAGUCUGGUGGAUCUGAUGAUACGGAUAUGACCUCGUUCCGAAUUGAUCUUUCACGCCAAGCUACUUCUGUCGUUCGGCUUGUAGAGUCCGCUGGCGUGUCCAAAUAA